AUGGAUCAAGAAAUAAACACAAUUCCUUCAAUUUUCCGAGGCCUUCGUAUUCUUCUGCUUGAUGAUGACACAGAAUCAUUGUUAAAGUUAGCAUCACAAUUGGAAAAUUAUUCGUAUAGAGUAACGACUACCGAACUGCCCACAAUUGCACUAUCCAUUUUGCAAGAACGAUUGGACCGUUUCGAUCUCAUCAUGGCCGACGUUGAAAUGCAAGAAAUGGACUGUUUCAAGUUUAUAAAGAGUCUACAGCUUAUUAAGGACAUUCCCAUCAUAUUGAUUUCCGCGGAACCAAAGAGGAGUGUGAUCGAGGAAGCCAUGGUGAAGGGGGCAUGCUUCUUUUUCAAGAAACCAAUAUCUUCCAAGAAUCUCAAGAAUGUGUGGCAACACGUUUAUAGAAAGACUAGAAAGAUGGGAAUCAAGAGUAGUGAUUGUCAGUCUCAUGGAGCCAAGGCAGGGAAAAGGGGGAAAGUUGUCCACGUUAUCGAUGAAGAGGCUUGGAAUGAGCCUGUAAACGAGCAUUAUGGAGAAGGUGGUCAAGCUGGGAAUGAUCGGGAUGGUCUAGUUGGUGGAAUGAGGCUCGGGAAGUCGAGAAGAAAGAGGCCUGCUUCGUCAGAAAACGAAGAAGCGAUAGAAAGCAAGAGGAGGAAGCUGGCUGAAAAUCAUGAAUUGGCAGAUUCACCUACAAAUGUGCGACCUGCCACAAUUUGGUUAGGAUGA